AUGAAUACAAGUUUAGCAGAUAAGUUAAAUAGUCAAGAUAAAUUAAUUAAAAAUUACGAAUUGAAAAUUAAAAAUUUGAUUGAAGCUUAUAAAAAAUUGAAUGAGGAAAAGGAUAUGCUAAAUAAAUCAAUUGAAAUAUUUAAUCCAGAUACAUUAAUGUUAUAUAUUAAUGGAGGCAUUAAAGAUUCUAAUAUAAAUAAAGAAAAUAUUAAAAUAAAGAUCUUAGAUUUAUAUAAGGUUGUAUCAACAUUAUCCACUGAUAAAUCAAAAUUAGAGUUAUCAUUAAUUGAAAAUAAGAAGAAAUUUUUGUUGAAAAACUUGCCCAAUUAUGAAAAUGAAAUCUGUGAUAUGAAAAAUAAAUUACAAAAUAUUUUAAAGCAAAAUAAUGUUUUAAAUCAAAAACUAUUUUCAGCAGAGGCAAUGAUAAUUGAAAAAAUAUUUGAGCAUGAUAAUUUUAUGUCACUUAUUAACAAAGAUUUUGAAGAAAGAAAUAUAUCUCUUAAACAAGAUUUAUUGGCAAAAGAAAAAAGAAUUCAAAAAUUGGAGACUGAUAUUCAACAAAUGUCAGAAAUUACAGCAAAUUUUGAAAACAAAAAAUUAAAUUACAUUGAUAAAAUUAAAACUUUGGAGAAUGAACUGAAGGAAUUUAAACAGAAUAAAAUUAUCUCACAAUCUACAGGGAUGAUAGAAUCAUCAGCCAAUAAUAAAACUAUUCAUUUACUCAAGUUUAAAAUGAUUCAUAGGGAAAUUUUAAAGAGCAAAGAGCAAACAGGGACCAUCAAGCAAGAUUUGGAAUAUAUUAAAACCUCGAUAAAUAAAUAUAUAAUGGACCAAUCCUUAUUAUCACGUCUGUUAAUUUCUAAAUUGCCGAUACUGAAAAAUCUCCCUGAAUCGAAUCAUAAUUUUACAGAAAAUAUCGAAAAUAGCCAAUCCACAAAUAUCGUUCGAGAAAGUACCACUUGUGCCAGUAAAAUCCUGACAUCUCAUAAACCUGCUGAAUUGGGUUUAUCUGAUGGAAAUGAGAAUUAUAAUAAUAAAAACAAACGUUUAUUCGAUAAAGAUAUGGCAAUUCAAACGAUACUAACUGGAGAAAACUGCAAAGAUUUUGACAAACACUCAAAUAAUUGCACAAAGGGUAGAAAAUCAUCUACUAUAGAAUCAAUUUUCAUGGAAGAUAAUGAAACAAAGCACAAGAGGUUACUUAAAGAGCCCCCAGGAAACUACGAUCACUUAUAUUAUUUCCAACACGAAUCAAAAAGCAAAGAAAAUAUGUUAAAAUUUCUUAAAAAAAAGUUGGUAGCCGCUGAAGAAAAAAACAGGCUGAUGGAGCGAAAUUAUAUUAAUGCGGAAUACAUGUACCAAGAACAAUUGAAGUUUUUGAAGCGAGAAAUGAGACAAAUAGAAACAUAUCAAAAUUUAGAAAAUUUAAUUAAAAAAGAUGCUGUCAAAACUAAAUCCCUACAACUUCCCAUUUCGCCAAUCGAAAAUUAUGUAACAUUUGACUCUACAUCUGAUAUAAUAUGCGAUAUCGGUACCUCUUCACCCGUGUUAAUUUAUUUACGUAAUCUUUUCUUAAAUUAUUUGAAAUGUGAAAACAAGGAUGUUAAAGCUAAGAAGUCCAUGAUCAGAGCAAUUUGUACGAUUUUAAAGUUUAACUCUAGCGAAAUAUCUCAAAUUAAAAUUUUGUAAAUAUUAAAUAAUUCGUGAGGCAUUUAUUAUAGAUGUUAU